UUGGAAACACUUGUAGCUCGAAAUGAACUAUCGAAAUUGUUCAGUGAAAGAGACGUUACUGCUGUUUUUGUUGCUGUGCGUAGAACCCACUCUGUUUGACAAUCGCGUGAAACGCCUUUCAACGCCUGACUACGACAAGAACCGAGUGAAUGCGCUGGCCAAGUAUGUGGUCUCCAUCCGGUCCCGUACACCUCGCCUUUACUUUGGGGAUAAUCAUUUUUGUGGUGGUGCGAUAAUAGCACCCAGAUAUGUAUUAACUGCUGCCCAUUGCGUCAUGGACAAGAGCAAAUUCAAGUACUCCAGCCGGUCGAUACUCGUUGUGGCUGGCACCCCAAACAGGCUCAAGUUCGUUGACGAUGUAUCGGUGAAUUUGCCAGUUAAGGAUAUAUAUGUACCCAUUAAUUUUACCAGUAAGAAUACCAACAACAUUGCCGUGCUGCUGCUAAGGGAUCCGUUGCCCAAAAAUAAUCCACGCAUUGGCAUUAUCAAUCUUCCUAACUCAAAUCCCACGUUCAAUGCGAGCUACACUGUCCUUGGCUGGGGAAGAUUAUAUAAGGGCGGACCUUUGGCCACGAACAUCUUGCAUAUCGAUAUUACCCUAUUGCAUCGUGAGAAAUGCAAAUGCAUGUUGAUGACCUUUAAGGAGGAAAUGCUGUGCGCCAAGCAUCGUAAUGACACCGUCGAUCAGAAUCCCUGCGAGGGUGACGAGGGUGCGCCCAUGAUCUUGAACGAUACUGUGUAUGGUGUCGCUGCCUAUCGGCUGGGCUGUGGCAGAACUCAGCUGCCCUCGGUCUAUACGGAUGUGUGGUAUCACAUAAAUUGGAUCAAUAGUAUAAUGAAUGCUGCGCAGCAUUCUAUAAUAAAGAUCACCUUGCUUUCACUGUCAGUGGUGGCAUUUUAGAUUGGGCUCAGAUAAAUAUAUGUAUGCUUAUUAUAA